AUGAAAGCAUUUUUGAUAUUUUGCGUUUUUAUUUCUUCUAUUACAAAUUGUCAUUCAUUACUUGAGUGGUUGUUUGGUGAAAAAGGUGAAAGCAUAAAUAAUAAUGAUGAAAAUCAUCCAUAUGAUGAAAAUGAUGUCAAAUACGAAGUUGUCACAACUGAUAAAAAAUUUCAAGAGUUUGCUAAUACAUUGACUGAUGUCAAUCCACUAGAUGCCUGUUACAAUAUUGUUGUUUAUAAUCUAAAGAAGAAGUGUGGUGAAUUAACAGAAGAUGAACUAGGAAAGUUAGCAGUUCAGUUAUUUAACUGUCAAUCAGAAGCUGAGAAUAGACCAGUGUUUCCAUGUACUUCAACUAUGACAUUAGGUGAGUGUACCAAGAAUAUGGAUGCUACAACAUGGAAUGGGUAUCAGAUAGUUGGUAAUAGAGCUAGAGCUAUGUGUUAUUCAGCUCAACAAAUAACAUUUAGAAAAUUAACAGAGAAAACUGUCAGUAAUUUGGCUGCCACAGCAUACAAUCAUCUUGAAUCUAUGAAAGAAUUAAAGAAAGGACAAGAUCAAAUACAGCAGUUAGCUACAGACACAGUUCGCAAGUUAUUUGAGAGUCAACAAGACUUGUUAACAACACAUGAAUCACUAAAGAUAGCACAUCAAGAUGUGUUUACACAUGUAGCAAAUAAUGUGAAACAGUUGGUUCAUGAAAAAUCUCUUAUAGCCGCUGGUAACAAAGAAUUAGCCGAAAUGACAGAAAAUAUCAGAGAAAAAUUAGAUAAAACCAGUGAAUUUUUACAGAAACAAGAAGAAAUUCAGAAACAGAAUCAUAAUAAAAUAUUGGAUGAUUUGAAAGAAAUACAGAAAAAGUCACAUGAUGCUCUGAAAGACUUGAGUGGCAGCACUAAACAGUUGAUUUAUAAUCAUGAUGAGAUGAUGCAUCAAUAUGAGAUUAUGUUUACCAAUUUACGUAAAAUGAAUAGUUCUAUAAAUAGCUUGUUAAAAACUGUCAGUGAUAUGCAGGUAACAUUAGAGACUAAAAUUGGUUGGAUAUCAAGUUUAUUAGGCGGAGCUGAUGAUAAACUAUAUGUUAUAAUGAGUUGUAUUUAUCAUGUUGGUUUGUUUAUAUUAUUGGUGAUAUUGGCUACUUUCUUUCAAAUACCAUUAUUACUGAGGUCUAUAUUAAUGGUAAUGAUCGUGGUAGAUGGAUAUAUAGAGAUUAAUUAUAAUUUAACCUUAACUUAUACUGUAUUAACUGCCAUCAUGUUGUUCACAUUUAUAGCACACUGGAUAAUAACAUGGGUAAAAUGGCGUAAGACUGGUAAAAGAUUUAUACCUAGAAUUAGCUACUCUAGAGCAGAUAAUGAUAACGAACCUUUAUCACCUAGUGAAUUACGUGAAUUAUCAUCAACAUUGGGUAGAUUAUAUCAUUCUAUCAAUGAAAGUUUAAAUAUUAAUACCACUACUGAGAAUUGUAAUGGUAAUACCAGAACAACUACUCCGGUACCAUCACCCAGUUACCAUCACCACUCACCAUCAAUCAUAACACCAUCACCAGUUAGAUUACGUACAUCACCAAUAAAUACAGCUAAUACAUCACAUCGCAAUAUUAAUCCUAUACCAGAGGAGUCUGGUUAUUCGCCAAAUAUAUCUGAUGUGAGAAGGUUGUUAGUAAAUCAAUUGGGAGAUGGUUUAAGAUCCUCAUAUUCUAGAUCGUCAACACCAUCAACUUCUAGAAAUAGUUCAAGAGCUUCCACUCCUACGUCUGGUAAAAGAUGUAGAGGAAUAACAAGAGCUGGUUCUUUAUGUAGACUAACAGCUACAGUAGAUAAUGAUUAUUGUUAUAAACAUAGAUAA